GCGAUCGACAUAGCUCUCUGUAUGAUGAAUUGUUUUCUUUUGCCGACACCAGUGCUUUUCAGUAGUAUAAAAGUCAAGUUUUCCAAUGCGACUCACCCCAACCCAUCCUUACUCGACCUCACCUCGUAGUACCCGUGAUUCCCCCUUGCUCUCCAGUUUAUCGACUUGUAUUUUUCCUGCAAACGGAGGAAACAGUACUUUUCAACCAAAGGAUUAGUUACGCCACAGCGGACUUGCAAGACUUAGCUGUCGCGUCCGGCUCGUAUGAUUCACGAACGGCAGCGUAUAUACAGUCCUCCCGGAUGCCUUUCUCCGGUACCAGCCGUAGCUCAUACAUACCUGAAUCACAACAGGAUCCCCAGAGCUCAUAUAUAGAUCCAGAAUCACUAUCCACUUCACACCACACUUUUGUGAAUCCUUCCAACGUAUCUCGUUUACAACAACAGGUUCCACCCUCUACUUCCCCUACCUCCUCAACCGGUCGUGGUGCCAUCGGUAUGAGACAUGGGUCUCCUAAUUCUCCACUUAGUGCAGACAUUCCUCUACCGCAGGCAGCUCGUCCCCGUCGGUCACCAGCAUCACGUCACCUAGCACUUCCAGACGACAUUGACGACGAAUCGGACGACGACCCUCUCCCACCAAAUGCGUCAGAGAGGGAACGCACGGAAUGGAAGAAGAGGAGGAACACAAGGGCCGCGAGGCGGAGCAGGAAGCGGAAAAUGAUUUACACAGAGCGGUUAGAGGUUCAGGUGGAGAAGUUGAGGACCGAGAAGGAAAUAUGGCGGACUAGAGCUCUGACGCUUAGGCAGCUGCUGAAAAGUCACAACCUUCCUUGUCCUGAUUUUGAGGAUUGAAAUUUGAAUAUACGUGCCGCUGGUCCUCCUACGUUCUUCUGAAAUUUGAACUCCGAGCUGCACUACACGCAUGUCGGAUACCACUUUUACGAUCGUUAUGAUGUGUUCCUGCUUUUUCUCAUCCCUCCUCGCAUUACACCACUAUUUGCAUUCCGCUAUCAACCAUUGUACUUCACUAUGGGAUUAUUUAUCAGUUAUGUAUUGGGUUGUAUUCAUAUCUACUACCAGUGGUGGUUUUCAUGCAUCAUACCUUUCUUCGUUCCUUGGAGUUUGACAUGUACUAAGUAUCAGUAUGUAAUGUAGACAGUACAAGUAAAUUCACUCGUCUGCUGGCAGUGCCAA